AUGGCCAAGAAGAAGAAGCGGUCAGCAAUGGAGUCUAGUAGCGCAAGAUCUGAGGGGUGCUUUGAGCUGCAAACACCACUGUGGCAAAUUAAGAUAACAUGCUGGCAGAGCUCUUACUCCCAGGGAAAAGAGAUCAUAAAUUUUCUAGCAGAGCUCAAGGAGGAGAUGCGCAAACAAUCAAAACAAGCGACAGAAAGUAAGGAGACGGUGUGCAAAUGGUUGAAGAAGGUCAGGGUGGAGAUGUGCCAACAAUCAAAGCAAGCUACUGAAGGUAAGGAGGAGAUAUGCAAACAGUUGGACAAGGUCAAGCAUGACAAUCAGGAGAUGUGCAAACAACUUACUGAAAUUCUCACUGAUCUACGCAAACAAUGGGAUCUUCGUACUACUGGUUCAAGUGGUGAUGAUUCUGAUGCCCCAAGAUCACAGUCGAAUCAAGUGCAGCCACCAAGAUACCGACUGGUAUUCAAAUCCGGGGUGACUAACAAAAUUGAAAAGGGGCAAAUCAUAGAUAUAAGUGUAGCUCUAGUUGAUGGUACUAAUGAUCAAACUGUAGAAAAUGGACCCCUUGCUUCUGCAACAGUUGAGUUGGUUGUCGUUAAUGCACAGUUCAAUCAACAUAAUAAUCAAUACAAUUGGUCUAGACAGGAUUUCGAGAGCAAUAUUAUAAAGAAAGCACGAGAAAGAAAUUCAGCAACGGGAGAUGUGGAUCAGUCAGUAAAAUCAAUAGGUUUUAUGCAUCACUGUGGUUCUGAAAUAUUCAGUAACUCCGGUAACAAGAAGGUUAGGCUUGGGGUGAUGGUAAUCUCACCAAAAGAAUAUCGAGUUCUAGAGGGAUUAUCUAAUCCUUUCUUUGUGCGAGGCCAUGACAGACCAAAUAGACAAAGAAAUUUGCGCCAUAACAGGUCAAACACACAAAGUCAAGCUCUGGUUGACAAUGGUUAUCAACUACAAAAUGGCGAAACACCUAACCUGCAAAACCCUUUAUCGCCAAGUUCAACUCAAAAUGGGGGAAUCAGUUAA